CACAUGACUUUUGACUCACAUGGUAACACAUAAACGUAUAGGUAAAAAAAGUAAUAGAUGGCGCACCCAGUAUAUCUAUUAGCUGCACCAGACGAGUUAUUUAUGUUGUCUUUUUGAAGGGAGGUUAAGUUCAAAGUUUAUCUUGUAGAAAAACCUACAUUAUGUCACAAAAAACUCAUAUAAUAUAAAACAACCGAUAUAAUCACUUUUCCAGAUGCUUACUACCCCCGCUGGAUCCUGUAAUAUCAGUCGUUCAUAGUAAACGAGUUGUUCAAGCAACGAUGAACUAGUUCACUUAGUUCAAUCAUAAAAAUCGUUCGAUUGAACUAGUUCGUUCGCGAACUAUAUACUGGCAAUUUGUGCUGUUUUAUUCCGAAAGCUAACGUUUUCGUUAAAAAUAAGAUUGACCGCAAAAGCCGCUCGUUUGCGAUCUGGGGUUAAAAACGGAAGAGAGUGUCGAUUCGGCAACAUCGCCCGGAAUCGAUCCGUGCGUACAGUCGGCGUGGCUGCCGGAGGCCGUCGGACGGGGGCUGCUUUAUCCCAUCUGCCUCCACCGAACACCCGGACAGUGCUGACGACGCAACGGCCGAAGCGCGUGAGGAGUGACAGGGCUGCUGCGUUAGAGCGGUGCUGACGUGUGACGACGUGAGUUGCGGUCGUUUUGUCUCUGCCAGAACGGGCCGGACGGGCAUCCUGAAGGUCCAACUGCUGGAGGUGGUUGCCUACGGCCAUAAGGCCUACCGCCGCAUGCCCAUGCUGUCCUCCUUCGCACCGAAGAAGGAGAAUGCCCCUCACCAGACAUUAUUAACAAAAAGCAUAGUUGGGAGUUUAGGGCCCGAGCUAGCGAGGUGUAUGACUUCGCAGCGACGAGCACCUACCUGUUAUAGGACCACAAAAUUUUCAUCUAAUAGGCAUCGGAAAUUGCAACCAUUCAGAGAAACGUGACUGCAUACUUUGACGGCGACCAGAUCAAAAAAACUGCAACCAUUAAGGGCUACAGUGAGGAGCGAGGCUAACAACAACCACCAUCACCAUCGACCACCACAAAUACCAACAAAAAAUUACCAUCAUUUUUCGUCUAUAAAAACAGCUUCUUCAUCCGACCAACAACACCUUCAAAAUGAGUGUCAACGUAAACAGAAACGUCAGCGAUGUCUUCUAUCGCUACAAAAUGCCGCGGAUCAUGGCUAAGGUCGAAGGUAAAGGUAACGGCAUAAAGACCGUGAUCGUGAACAUGGCCGAGGUGGCGAAAGCCCUUGGCCGUCCUCCCACCUAUCCCACCAAAUACUUUGGCUGUGAGUUGGGUGCUCAGACGCAGUUCGACUUCAAGAACGAACGGUUCAUCGUCAACGGGUCCCAUGAUGCCGCUAAACUUCAAGACCUUUUGGAUGGCUUCAUACGCAAAUUCGUGCUGUGUCCGGAAUGCGAAAACCCCGAAACGGACCUGAACGUCUCCCUGAAGCGCAACACCAUCUCUCAGAGCUGCAAGGCGUGCGGCUAUCACGGCCUGUUGGAGUCGAACCAUAAGCUGGUGACGUUCAUCCUGAAGAACCCACCCACCACAAACCCGGCCAGCCAGGGCAGUUCGCUCACCGAAGGAAAACGGUCCAAGAGGAGCAAAAGGAACGGCAGCGAUGCCAACGGGGGAGCUGGCAAUGGGGAACAUGACGAGCACGAUUCCGUUCUUGAUUCUUCGGUUGCUGAUAAGUCCUUGGAUCGUAACGGUAGCGAGGACGACCAGACGGAAUGGUCCGCUGACGUGUCCGAAGAGGCGGUGCGGGCGCGCAUGCUCGACCUGACAGACGGCGCGAAGAACAUGACUAUCAGCGAUGACCUUGAAAAGUCGGAGAAGGAACGCAUGGACAUCCUGUACAACUUAGUGAAGGCCAGAAGGGACGCCGGGCAAUUGGAAAAUGCACAAACGCAGAAGGAGAUACUGAACGAGGCGGAACGCUUGGAGAUCAAACAGAAAGCGCCGCUCGUGUUGGCCGAACUGCUCUUUGACCAGAACAUCCUCGCUCAAGUAAAAAAAUAUCGUCUUUUGAUCCUGCGCUUCACGCUGAACGACAAGAAAGCGCAACGCUACCUGAUGGGCGGAUUUGAGCAGGUCAUCGCCAUGCAUCGCGACAAGCUGAUGAGCAAAGUCCCAGGUCUGCUGAAGGUGUUCUAUGAUAUGGAUAUUUUGGGAGAGCCCUGCCUCGUUGAAUGGGCGGAUAAGGUUUCGAAGAAGUACGUGUCGAAAGAGAUCAGCCAAGAGAUCCACGAUAAAGCUGCGCCGUUCAUCAAGUGGCUGAAAGAGGCUGACACUGAAGAAUCUGAAAGCGAGGACGAGAGCGACGAUGACGUUGAAAUCGAAUACAAUGACCGGGCACACGUUCAACUUAAGGCUACGCCUCAACAGCCGAAGCCCAAACAGCCCGAGCCGGAGGACGAGGGACAGGACGACGUCGACAUAGACGCCAUCUGAACGCAGCGGCCGGAAGAUUAUAUAUUACACCCACAUGCAUUACACACAUUCAACAGGGUGUCGAGCGGUAUGCCUGGCUGAAGGUUGAUUUUCGUUUAGGGGAUUUGAGGUUAUGGUCCCGGAAGUGAGGUUUUGCGUGGGGGGACAAUUAGGUGGCAGAUGUGUCACAUUUAUUUUAUUUAACGGUAAGAUAGAGUGGAGUCAAAACUAUGCUUACAUAACGUCGAAAUCGGAGUGAACGAUGUUUAAAAUGAUGUAAUUAUUCAACAGUCCUAUUUUCAUUCGGUAGGUUAAGCAGAGAUAAACUUGGAACUGCGCGCAAAAUACAAACGAAUUAACUUUAUAGAUAUUUCAACGACAUGUUCUCCGAAUUAAACAUCAGGAUCUUGAAGGCUUGAAAUUAUUUUAUCGGUUCUCACGAAUUCAAAAAGACAGCAUUGUCACCUGAACUUGAGCUGUUUUUAGGUAGCUGAUAGACUUAAGGGACAUAAAACUUCUUUUUAAAGACGCGUAGAAUUAAAUGCUUCUCCUUCUUAGACGAAUACAAACGUUAUUUGUAUUUUAUUCGAAAGCUAGUGAUUUUAAGUAAAUACUUGAUAAACGUGAAUUUCCACCCUUGAAACUCCGCAAUGCUCCGUGGUUCUGGACCUCAAUUCCAUCCAAGGUAUCGACCAGAUGUCAGGCAGAGCGCUUGACGUUUUUCGUCAUUGAACGUUCUUAUCGACGGCAACAUUCUGUCAAAUUUAUCUUUCUUCGUGGACGGAAUUUUACCGGCGACUGUGCAGUUUGUUUUCUAUCUUAAUGUCACCCUCAUUCUUAUUUGCUGUUUGCCGAUACUACAAUUAGCAAAAAAAUAAAUAUAGAAUUUUCUCUUGUUACGAAAUGGGUUUAUAUUAUUAUAGCGAGUUUACGAGAAAUUAAAGAGUAUACAUAUAUAUUUAAUAUGGUUAGAUUAGUUUCCUGUCAAAUACAUAAUAUAUGAAUGUGGGCAUCCCAGUUUUAUUAUCUUUUGAAUGUCAAUAAAUUUAAAUGCAAU